CGAUCUCACACAUCAGUGGCAAAAUGUUUCAGUCUUUCAUUUUCUCAGAGGCAUGUCUACUGGCCAACCGAGAAUAGCUCUAAAAUUCUAUUUCGGAAAAUUGUAUUUGCUUUCUUUUCUUGGAUGGCUAGUUGUUUUACAAAUUUUUAAUAUAGCUAUAUUUUGUUCUUUGAGGCAAAAUUAUGAGUAUUUCCCCCUGUAUACUCUAUAUGUAGUCAUAGAAACCAGUCUUAUCUGAUAGAAGCUUAGCUUAUGGGAAAAUCCGUGGAAGUAACAGAGGUAUUUAAUAUUUUCAUUUUCUAAGUUGACCGCGUGACUGUGGGGAGUCCCCCAGUGUCAACUUGCAUUUUAAACUUCCUCAAAUUCUCGUAUAUAUAUCGAAUUUCUGAUGCAAUUCGCGAUAAACAGCAAGAAAAGCCAAAGAUCAUCAGAGCAAGUCUGGAAAGAAAACCUUUAAUAGGCAAAUAUGGCUCAGGUAGGAUAAUAUUGUUGUGAAGUUAAUUGAACAUCUUUCUAACAGUGCUCUUUCAAUGAGUGAAGUUUCUUCCCACGCUGAUUGUGUCCCGUAAUGAAGUAUUUUGUUUAAAUUCAAAAGCUUAACAAACUUUUCUUUAAUUUUUCUCUGGACAGGUAACUGAGAUCCUUUCCUGUAAUCGUAUGAUCAAAAAGGCACAAAAGCUUGACCACGGAGGAAACCUCAUGAUGGCAGCUUUGCCUCACGGAGACCUUCAAAUCUCAAUAACGUUUACUGGAAGCCAUAGGAAUGAACGAACAGGUAAGGCUCUCAAGAAGCUCUAGUUCAUGUACAAAAGCUAAUUCGGGGUGUGCAGUCAUUACAACACUUGUAGAUCGAGCGGCGUGUAAAAAUGUCAAACAUGCACUGACACGGUGUAAAGUACACGUGGAACUUAAUACAUUUCUUAUUGGCUCUGAAAUCUCAUAUCAUGAGCGUAAUCUACGCAAAAACCUACAAUGUGAAUGUAUUAUUUAUGCAUUUUAAACUCAUGUGAGAAUUAAACGCGAGUUCACCAGUCACUGAUACUUGAGGUUCAAAUUGAGCAUUCAAAAGAGCCAUCUUGGCCAUGCACUUAACUACAAUUGAUAUUAAUAACCAUUGCAAAGGUAAUAAACGUUUUCCUAACACAAGCUGAAUUACCCAUGCAUUUUGGUUGGUUCUUACUUAUGAUCUAAUGGAGGAUAGAUGCAUAAAUGACAUAUCUCACAAGUGACAAUGUAAAGUUUUUUUUUAUCAUAUAAAACAAGUAGCUUCAAUGUUGCCGUCGGUCUGUACAGUAAUAGAUCAUAGUGGAUGUCAAAAUAUGCUAUAAGCUAUAUAUGUCAAAACAUCACUGACACACUCAGCUACGCUUCAUGUUUCAUUUUGUUGUUCCUGUCACAUUUUGAUGUCAUCUGUGAUCUAUUACUGACCACACAAAAAGUAACAUGGAAUUUUUUUUUUAAGGCGAUCAAUUGAGCUGUAUAAAGGUUGUGAAUAUUUCUUUGAAUGUUUGUGCUGGAUAUAAUAAUACAAAGAAACUCUGUGUACCCUUGUUUGUUAUUUACUAGGCAUCAAUUUAAAAUCUUGCUUAGCAUAGAACCCUAAUAUUCAAACAAAAUAACAGUUUUCAGUACAGAAGUCUAUUUUAAGAAAUAACCAAAUUGUAAUGAGCCGAUUACUUGUAUACAAUUUGACUUUCUAUGUCUAGUAAAUUUAUUUUUUGUGUUUCUGUUUCUAGAUUUUAAAGUUGACCAGUCCCUUCAAUAUAUGGCAAAUACCUUUAGUAUUGAGUUAGAUGGCAACCUCUACUACUUGUGUGCAGAAGGGGACAAGGUGUUUCUACAGGUAAGCUAAGACAUGCUGUUCAUGUAAUUGGUAUAGAAUAAUUGCCAGUGUUAUCUCCUUGCUGUAACUAGGUGGGAUGAAGUUCGCAAGUGGAAUGAACUUCCCUAUACUCAAAAGAGUGGGAUGUUCUUGUUUAAAACUUUUUCUUUUAUUAGAAAAAUGGAGACCUUUAAACCCUUUUGCUUCAAGAAAUGAUUAACAUGCAACUUCUUUCUAUGAUAGACAUACAUUAUUUUGCAAACAGGUAUUGAGAAUACUCAAACUCAUCAGGUGGAGGUUGUUAUCAUGAUCUAACAACAAAUUCUUGUAAUCAAUAUACAAGGAAAUGUGUGGCAGCUAGAGGAGAGAAUUAACAAUCAGAUCUUGGGAGUGAAAGGUUUAAGGCAUAGCUGUUAAGCCUUUUGCAUUCACUUAUAUACUUUCAUUCUGACUAUAUACUAGGUUAAAUCUGGAAAAUUAUUCUUGGCAGAUUUGAACCAGUGUUCAGAUUAGUUUAAAUUUAAAUUUAAUCUAUUCUGUUCUUCAUUUUUGCUUCUAGAAACUGGUUGCCAAACAACCCAAAGACAAAAAAUACAUGUUUGAAGUUAAAUAUGUAAAUGACAGCAGCAAUUAUAUGUCUAUUAAAUCAAUAAAAACUGGGAAGUACCUUGCUAGUGAUGAGGAUGGCAAAGCAUUUAUGGAGGAAGUCAACCCCUCCUCAUUGGUUCAUGGCCAGCCAACAGACAGACAAACAUGGUUUUAUCUGCAUCGCGUGGAAACAGUGAAAAGGGAAAGAGAAAGUACCUUACACAGUUGUUACUGCGAUGGUGCAAGUCUUGACUAUUCAGUCCUGUAUCAAACUCAAGUGGAAGCUUGUUAGGUGUUAAUAAGUUAUACUGUUAAAAUACACGUACAGAAAUAAGUUAGGAGAAUUUUAAAAUUUUUUCAAUCUUGAGACUAUUUUGUACUAGGAGUUCAAAGAUUUCUCAUUUUGUUUUUUAAACAGAGUAUAUUUAUUUGUUUUUGGGAUUAUACUUUUGAUAAGCAUUUAACAUUUUGAGAUGUAAUGAAAAAGAAAUAAGCUCAAUUGUUUUUUAAAAUUUAGACUAAUUUUCAUAAAAUAAUGAAGUAUAUUUUAUAA